AUGUCACCGCGUUCUCCGCGCACUCCGCGCUCCCCGCGAGCGCCGAUAACGCCUCGCCGACGCCGGCACGAUGGCAGUUACCGACCCGGCACGCCGUCCCACCAUCCUGGCUCUCCUUAUAAGAACGCGCCGCCGUAUUUCCUCGGCGGACAGCCCCUCGCCUCAAUGGCCGCCUCAGGACCGUACGAUCCUACUAACGGGGGAUCCCUUGACGGGAACAGUGGCGGGUUUUGGGGAGGCGGUCCGGCGCUGAGCGCGUCCAGGCGGGGGGCGCGACAGCAGGGAGGCGGCAAGGGCGGAGCAGGGGGUUUUCAGGUGAUGAGCGAUUGGCUGACGUGUUCGUUACAGUCCCUGCUACAAUCGCGUAUGGAGCAGUUGCACGCGUCGGAGCAGGUGAGCCGGCGGCAGCUGAUGGCGGAAACUGCGGAGAUGGUUCUCAACGUGCUCGACGCGCGUUCCUCCGACGACGCGCUCGCGCACCGCUCCGAAGUCUCCGCGCUGCGGCGCCUCCAGCGGGAGUCGUUCAGCGACCUGUUGCACCUCCGCGACCGCCUCACGCGGCUCGAGCUUCUCGCUGACGAGUUCUCCCUCGGCCAGCACCGCGUCGCGCCCGCCGCGUUCCUCGCCGCGAACUCCGGGCGCACCGAGGUUUCGGGCCGCAUAACGGUCGGGUCCGCGCUCGUCCCGACGGGCGGCCUCCGCUCGCACCGCUCCCGAGCCGCGAUGGAAGCGGCGGGACUGCGCUCCGGCGUGCAGAUGGCUUUAAAUCUCGCGUCGCUCUGCCGGUCGUCGGACCGCCUUAGUACCGUUCUAGGAGUCGGGCCGCCGGACCCGCUAGGCCCGGCAUUAGCGCUAGGCGGUCCGGUGGUGCUGCAGAAGGCGGUGUAUCGGGCGCAAGUGGCGGAAGGGCUGGCGGUGACCGCCGCGCCGAUGGGCGCAAGCGGAGCCGACCUGGUGGGGGAAGGCUCCGCAGGGGCGGGAGUGCGCGGGGACAGCGCAACGGCUCAGCCACGUGGCCUCACCACGUUCAGCAGCGGCACCAUCCCGCUCCUCCAAUCCAUCCGCGGUUCCGCGCUCGCGGUAACCGUUGACUCGCCCGUCCCCGCGCUUUCUCCCUUCCUGCCCGCGGUCUCCCGCGCGCUUUCCGCCAUUCCCCGCGCACUUCCUCCAUCCGUCACCCGAGCCCUGGGCCUCCGCUCCGCGCGCCACUCCCCGUACACCCCCCUCCGCUCGUCCGCCUCCCGCUCCGCUUCCGCGGAUCCCCCCGCGCUGUCGUUUACCGCGGGGAAGCUAGUCACGGGCUGGGGGGUUCCGCUGGAAGACCCAUCCGCGCUCGCCGCCGCCGCGGCGGACACUGCGCUCUGCACAUCCGCGAUGGGGCAUCUUGCGCUCCGCUUCUCCCCCUCCCUGCGCGUUUCCGCCGCCGCCGCGUCGCACUCGUGGCCCGCGCCGCCCGCGCCGUCCUUCCCCGGACUGCACUGGUCGGAAAUGGGCCCGCUUGUGCUUCCGCGCCUGGGGGGAGUCUUCCGCAGCCCGCACCCGCGCGGGGAGCCCGCGAGGGGGGGAAUGCAUGUGGCGGCGGAAGCGGGGUCGACAACAGAAGGGGGAGCCAUGGGCGGAAGGUUCGGGGGAAGCGGAGCGGGCGCGGAGUCCCCGCGGAGUUGCGCCAGUGGGGGAGUGGACAGAAUAGUAGUGGAAAGAGUUACAGGGGGGGACGACUGUUUCCGCGUGGGCGCAGCGGUCUAG